AUGCAGUCUGCGUUUAUGCAGAAAAACAACAGUGAAAAUCGUGAGGAUAUGCUGAGCUCAAAAAGCAACAGACUGACAGAAGCUUUGGAAGAAGCCAAUAAACUGUUCAGUGGAGUUUUCUGUGCGCGAGAGGCUGCGCUGGAUGCCCAAUUUCUUGUCUUAGCAUCAAAUUUAGGAAAGGAGAAGGCCAAUGAGUUGCACUCUGAGAUGACAGCGUUUGAUUCACUAGCAUUUGCAGAAGACUUGCUAACCUUCAUGGGUAUAAAUCGCAUAGAAGUAGAAGAAAAUGAUAGUGAUUCUGAGGGCAUUUCAGGUGGCUAUUUACCUGGUGAUGCCUGGCAUAAACUGGGAGAAGAAACAGAAAAGUACUUCAGAAGAGCACCUUCUUUUCACUAUAUGUUGGGAUCUUUCAAGUCUGAUCCUCCUGUACCAAGGCAACGGAUUGAGAGGCAGAGGAAGGCAACAGGAGGAGAAGGAAAACGGGCAAUGCCUGCUCAGUUAAAAAAAAUGGAGGAGUCUCAUCAGGAAGCUACAGAAAAAGAAGUGGAGAGGAUCUUGGGAUUAUUGCAAACUCAUUUUAAAAAUGAUCCUGAUACACCUAUUUCCUUCUUUGAUCUUGUGAUUGAUCCAAACUCUUUUGCACGCACUGUGGAAAACAUCUUUCAUGUGUCCUUCAUUAUAAGGGAUGGUUUUGCAAGAUUAAAGCUGGAUGACGAUAAAUUGCCGAUAAUAGAGCCUUCAAAAGACAACGAGGGAAUGGAUGACCAUAGCGCUGGAGCACGGAACCAGGUUGUCAUAUCUCUGAACCAUCAAGAAUGGAAGGAGAUUGUAGAAACAUAUGAAAUAACAGAACCCAUGAUUAGCCCUCCUUAUCAGAGAAAUGAAGAUGAAAUGGAGAUAGCUUAA